GCUCGGAGCGCCCAUUCAUCUCUGCACUUGGGCGUUGGACUCCGCAUCUUAUUAGCAACAAGGGAAAUUUCUCCAUUUUGCAGCCUGUCUACAGCGACACGGCCACCAAUCUGGGAUUUUAUUACUUCUCACCUGCCAGAUUUUCCUGCUAUUUUGAAUCCUCCCCACUCUUAACUGGACUUUGCUUUACAUUUUCCCUGUGAACUUUUUUGUGUGUGCAGAGAGAGAGGGAGACACCAGCGAAGAGCUUUGCGUUUCAACAAAGAGGCUUGUGGGUCUUUGUUCGUUUUUUGGAUCGGUUGAGUUUCUUUGUUGGAGCGAAAAGCAUGGGAGCGCAAUUGUCCAAGACAGCUGGAAAGGGCGAAACCGUGGCUGAGAAGCCCGGAGAUGCUGCUGCUUCACCCACCAAGACCAACGGACAGGAAAACGGCCACGUCAAAGUGAACGGGGAUGCCUCUCCUGCGGCGGCUGAGAACGGCAAAGAGGAGGUGCAGGCCAACGGCAGCGCCACAGCCGAGGAGAGCCCCAAGGAGGAGGCCGAGAAGGCCGAGGAUGCCCCCGCAGAGAAGGAGGCCGCAGAUGGGGAGAAGGUAGAGGCAGCUGCCGCCGAGGGAGAGGCAGCGGCAAAGGCAGAGGACGGCGCCACGCCUUCCACCAGCAACGAGACACCCAAGAAGAAGAAGAAGAGGUUCUCCUUCAAGAAGUCGUUCAAGCUCAGCGGCUUCUCUUUCAAGAAGACCAAAAAGGAGACAGGAGAGGGGGCAGAGAACGAGGAGGCCGCCGCUGCAGCAUCCACAGAGGAGGCCAAGGCUGAGGCCACAGAGGAGGCGGCGGCAGCUGCUAGCGAGGAGGCCAAGCCCGCUGAGGGAGAGGCUGCACCUGCGGCAGAGCAGGCCAAGGAGGAGGCCAAGCCCGAGGAGGCGGCGGCGGCGGCGCCAGCAGAGAAACCUGCUGAGGAGCCCAAGGAGGAUAAGGAGGCCGCGCCUGCAGAGGAGCCAAAGGCAGAGGAGAAGCCAGCAGAGCCUGCAGCUGAGGAGGCGCCCAAAACAGAGGAGGCCGCCCCAGCGUCACAGGAAGCAGCGUCAGCGGAGGCUCCGGCCGCCGACGCCACUGAGGCUGCCGAAUAAGUCGGGAGAGAAGAAGAAACAGAAAAAAAGGAGAAAAAAAGAUAAUCAAAGAACAUUUCCCUGUUUGUAUGUUGGAGUGAUGCCAGGUACUGGCUUUGAAGAACUUGUCUACAACCAGGGAUAUUUUAAAGCUUUUCUUUUUUUUUUAAUUUUUGGUUUCCAUUCCCCCUUACACAAAACCCAUCUCAGUCCAUUGUUACUUCCAUUCCAAUGGGCUAGGGAGGUGGGUGGCUUAAAUAUGUAAAACAGAUUAAAUACAUCCACACUC